AUGCCGUCGAGCCGUCGCAAUGUCCCCUCAUUCAACUCUCCACGGCCCGAAAAGCAAUCCAAGGAUGCUCUGAAAAUCGACCCAUUGAAUGACCUGGACUGGAAGGCCGUUGAGCCCACGAAAUACCGACCAUUCAAGCCCAUUUACCACAUCACCAUGGCACUGAAAGCAGACACCCCUUCGGAGCUCAUCACCGUCGACACAGACUACUUUGACAGAGUCUCGCUGCGGCGCCAGAUCAUCACCCAGCAUGGUGCCUUGGUCCACGGCUGUCUUCCCGCCGGUGUCGAAGCCGUCAACGAGCUCUACCAAUUCCUGCUCAAGGACUAUCUCCCAACUCGCUUCCCAACCAUGUUCCAGCUCCGGGAUCAGGGCCUUCGGUUCGAGAAUCUUGUGACCGGCCAGACGUUCCCCACGGCUGUGCCCGAAGAUCCAGCUGCGGCACUGCGGACCCUCGCCGAGACAGUCGAGGAAGACAUGUUUCUGCUGAUUGGCGAGCCAGAGGGGCACCGUGCAGUGGCAUUUCAGUGCUGUUUUCCGUCAGGAUUUGAUCCAUCGUCAAAGGUGGGCAAGUUGCUGAAGGAGAUUCACUCGCCGGUGCCUUCGUACGACAAGAUUGGACCAAGCAUGGAGAGGUUCUUUGGCAAGAUUGAGGUGGGCAACAAUGUAAAGCGAACAAACUGGGGCAUACAAACAGAUGGCAACUUGUUUCAUUACGAACGGCACGAUGGACCAACCAGCGAUGCUCCAUUGGCAGCUGAAGCAGAGACGGACAUGAGCCAGACUUAUGCUCGCAUCGAGCUCCAGACGCUCAGCCGGCUGCCCAAGACUCGGGCCGUUCUCUUCUCCUUCAAGACGUACCUCUAUUCGCUGCGGCAGCUCCGAGAGGAAGGGCUGGGCCCGCAGGUGGCAGAUGCCAUUGAGGGCCUCAAGACCGGCAACGCGCCGGGCAUGUGGAAUUACAAGGGCGCACCGCAGUGGGGAGAGCCGGUUUGCAGGUACCUGAGGUCAUGA